AUGUCGCGUCGUGGGGCGCCAAAGGGCAAGAAGCCCCCGGGUACAGAGUUUACUUGGGAUGCCGACCCUGGUGGGGAGCCAGACACAGCUCCAACGCCGUUGUACCCUAAAUACACUGUCCCCUUUGCUCGAAAGUUGAGCCCCGCAGAACAAACCCAGGUAGACUACUACCGAGAAUUGCGCGAAAGCUUUCACGAGGGCCCCUUUUACUCUGUUCUUGAUGCGUCAUCCUCCAACGCCAAGAAAGGCAGCGCUGCGCGCGCCAACUUUGACGCUUUCCACGGCAUGCCCACUUAUUCCGGCCGUUAUCAGAAGAAACGGCGCACCCUCCCCAAGAUCACCGGACGCUCUUAUUUCUUGAAAUUCUUCCCCCGCGAGCUAUGGCAAACCCUUCAGCCAAACUUCCGACCCGACGCGUCCCUAGAUGGUUACCAGGCCCAGGCUUCAGUCGCUGGAGUGAAGCGUGGUUUCGAAGACGAAGAAGACGAAGCUGGGCCUUCGAAGCGCACGGCUGGCGGCGAUGACGACGAGGAUGAGGGCGAUGCAGAUGCAGAUGCAGAUGAAGCCGCAUUGAUUGAUGGAGAUGAUGAACAGGAAGAGGAACUUAUGGAUGACGAUUUCUCUGAAGAUGAUGAUGAAAUGGGCGGCGAUUACAAUGCCGAACAGUACUUCGACGACGGAGAAGAUGAUAUGGGUGAUGAAGACGGUGGCGGCGGUGGCGGCGACGAUGACUUCUGA